ACAAGUAUCUCGCGAAGGUCUUUGGGUGCGGCGACAUGGGAAAGUGUUGCCAGAUGGUGAUGGGGCCGGCGGGCACCGGCAAGUCGACGUACUGCAAGAUCAUGCAGGAGCACUGCCAAAACGCCAAGAGGACGGUGCACGUGGUCAACCUCGACCCUGCCGCGGAGACCUUCGAGUACGAAGUCGCCUUCGAUAUCAGAGACCUGAUAUCUCUUGAGGACGCCAUGGAAGAGCUGGAAUUAGGUCCGAAUGGAGGGCUGGUUUACUGCAUGGAGUACCUCCUGGACAAUAUGGACUGGCUCAAGGACGAGCUGGAUAAGUUUGAUGAUGACGAAUACAUCAUCUUCGACUGCCCCGGCCAGGUGGAGCUGUACAGCCACGUCCCGGUGAUGCGCAAUGUCCUGGACCAGCUCAAGUCUUGGAAUUACAACGUUUGCGCGGUGUUUCUACUUGAUGCCACGUUCAUCACCGACCCUGCCAAGUUCAUGAGCGGGGCACUGUUGAGCCUCAGCGCGAUGGUGCAGCUCGAGCUGCCGCACUUGAACGUGCUGACCAAGUGUGAUCUAGCGGACCGAAGCGAGGUGGAGCGGUUCUUAGACACGGAAAACGCCGCGUUGAUCUCGAUGCACUAUCCACAAGCACAACGGGGGGUACACUUCGGGACGGCACCAUUCAACAGGGGGGAGAGGGGGGGGGAGGAGGACGAGGACGAGGACGAGGACGAGGAGGCGAACGUUAUGGACGACGACGGGUCGGGUCGAGGGGCGGGCGGCGAAGAAUCCGCGGAUGUGGGGACUGGAGCGACCACAGCACAAAGAGAAGAGUUGCAACCACGGGGCAGAUUACAAGUAUUGGGCGCGCAGGGAGGCGUGGAAGGGGCUCAAAGAGGGCCACUGCCGAGAUUGGCGCGACUAACGGAGGCUAUCUCGGGUGUCCUGGACGACUACACAAUGGUAAACUUUUUGCCGCUGGAUAUUCGAGACGAGGAGGACAUCGCCCUAGUGCUGCACCACGCCGACUACAUAGUGCAGUACGGGGAAGAUCUGGAGCCCAAGCAGCCCAAGGACGAUAUUGAGAUGGACGGAUAACGGUAGCGCAGGCAAGCCGCAAGAAUCACUACGGCAAUUUUGUCGGCAGUGCAUUGAUCGGCCUCGUUUCUUCGAUUCGAUGUUGUGCAGGCUGGGCGGAUGAGUUGUUCGUUCUGGGGAGCUUGUUGAUUGUCACACGAAAAAUGCGCGGGAUAAGACGGGAGUGAUUCUCUUGAGUGUAUGUCGAGCCAGCGUGGUCUUCACGUAUACGGGUCAUUUCCGCUCGCACCGGAUUCACCCCCACCCCCGCC